AUCCCCCCUCCCGGCCCUCUCCUGGUUUCGCUCUGUUAUUAGUUUCCCCUUUCCCUCCCUUCCCAGUUCCCACGGCGAUUUCUUCUGACUCGAGGAUCGCCGGUGAAUCUUCUAGGCAUCUCCUUCAGAAAUCUUUUACUGGUUGGCUAUGGGAUCUGUGAAUGGUAUUCUGAGUGCACACAGGAAGCACCCCCUCCUUUCAUUCGGAGUUAUAUCGGAUGUGCAAUACGCUGAUAUUCCUGAUGGUCGGUCGUUCCUUGGCGUUCCAAGGUAUUAUCGACAUAGCUUUCUUGUGUUGCAGAGGGCUGUUCAGAAAUGGAACCAGCAAAAGCACAAAUUUGUGCUGAAUUUUGGGGACAUUGUUGAUGGGUUUUGCCCGAAAGAGCAGUCUCUGAGUUCUGUUAAGAAAUUAGUUGAUGAGUUUGACAGGUUUGAGGGCCCCGUCUACCACAUGAUUGGGAAUCAUUGCCUUUACAAUCUUCCUCGGGAUGAAUUGCUUCCCCUGUUAAGAAUUCCUGGCCAUGAUGGCUGUGCCUAUUAUGAUUUUUCUCCAAUUCCAGAAUUCAGAUUUGUGAUUCUUGAUUGUUAUGAUAUAAGCGCAAUUGGUUGGCCCGAAGGUCAUCCAAAUACUUUGAAGGCCUUGAAAUUUCUUGGGGAGAAAAAUCCAAAUUCUGAUAAGAAUAGUCCAGAUGGGCUUGUGGGAUUGGAGAGAAGAUUUCUGAAGUUCAAUGGAGCAGUUGGGAAUGAACAACUAAAAUGGCUUGAUGAUGUCCUUCAGGAGGCCACAAAGUACAAGCAAAAGGUAAUACUUUGCUCUCACCUACCAUUAGACCCCCAUGCAUCAUCGAACGAAGCAUUACUGUGGAACUACAAUGAAGUCCUCGACGUGAUAUACAGAUAUAAUUGUGUCAAGGUAUGUUUAGCUGGACAUGAUCACAAAGGUGGCCACUCUAUUGAUUCCCAUGGAAUUCAUCACCGGGUCCUAGAAGCAGCUCUCGAGUCCCCUCCCGGGACAAACUCAUUUGGAUAUAUCGAUGCUUUCGAUGAUAGGAUGUCUCUUUAUGGAACUGACAGAAUGAAGAGUACCGAUAUGGUCUUCAGUUGAUGAGUAUGCUUUUCUGGAUUUUCAGUUGGUAGAAUUUGCCACCUCUUAAUGGAUGAUGUCUGUAAAUUAACGAGAUUUUGAUCAAGAGCUGCCCACAUGCUUGUUAUCUGAACUCCGGAUGCAGUUGCUCUUCUCAGUGAGGUGAAUUGUGGCGGUAUGGUUGAAGACGAUCAAUAGUUCAAUACUUGUAAGUAAAAGAAAUAUUGAAGAAAUAGAUAAUAGUUCACAAGUGACAUGCAAUUGUUAUUUUGAAGAACAAAGUUGUUUUUGUAGGCCUAGUAGUAAAUGAAUAAUUUUUUACUAUAAGAUUAUAAGAAAAUACUUGUUCUAUA